GGCCGGGCCGCGCACAGCCGCGGCGGCUGGGGUUGCCUCCCUCAACUGCGGUCGCGGGCGCUCGCGAUUCCGCGCCUCAGGAGGGAGCGGCCGGUGGGCCCGCAUCCUGUCCGUGGGGUUCGAGGCCGGGCUGCCGCGGCCGCCUCCUUCUGGUGCCUGGGCCGCCCUGAGGAGCCGGGCCGGGGCACGGCUGACUGACCGGCCCCGGGGAGCCGAGACCGCUGGAGGCGAAGGCGGAGGCGCACGUCUGGCGGUCUCCUGGACCGGGAGGAGGCCGAGGGGACCAUGUCCGGGAGGAACCUCCACCUCUCCACCACCGAACGCGUCAUCAAAGCUGUCCCCUUUCCUCCAACACAGCGGCUUACUUUGAAGGAAGUAUUUGAGAAUGGGAAACCUAAAAUUGAUGUUUUGAAAAACCAUUUGGUGAAGGAAGGGCGACUGGAAGAGGAAGUAGCCUUAAAGAUAAUCAAUGAUGGGGCUGCCAUCCUGAGACAAGAGAAGACUAUGAUAGAAGUAGAUGCUCCAAUCACAGUAUGUGGUGACAUUCAUGGACAAUUUUUUGACCUGAUGAAGUUGUUUGAAGUUGGAGGAUCACCUAGUAAUACACGCUACCUCUUUCUGGGUGACUAUGUGGACAGAGGCUAUUUCAGUAUAGAGUGUGUGCUGUUUUUAUGGAGUUUAAAGAUUAAUCAUCCCAAAACAUUGUUUCUGCUUCGAGGAAAUCAUGAAUGCAGGCAUCUUACAGAAUAUUUCACCUUCAAACAGGAAUGUCGAAUCAAAUAUUCUGAACAGGUAUAUGAUGCGUGUAUGGAAACAUUUGACUGUCUUCCUCUUGCUGCCCUCUUAAACCAGCAGUUUCUGUGUGUACAUGGAGGAAUGUCACCUGAAAUUACUUGUUUAGAUGACAUUCGGAAAUUAGACAGGUUUAAAGAACCUCCAGCCUUUGGGCCAGUGUGUGACCUGCUUUGGUCUGAUCCCUCAGAGGAUUAUGGCAAUGAAAAGACCUUGGAACACUAUACCCACAACACAGUCCGAGGGUGCUCUUAUUUUUACAGUUACCCUGCAGUUUGUGAAUUUUUGCAGAACAAUAAUCUGUUAUCAAUAAUCAGAGCCCAUGAAGCCCAAGAUGCUGGGUAUCGAAUGUACAGGAAGAGCCAAACGACAGGCUUUCCAUCACUCAUUACUAUUUUCUCUGCCCCCAAUUACCUAGAUGUCUAUAACAAUAAAGCUGCUGUAUUAAAAUAUGAAAACAAUGUCAUGAAUAUCAGGCAGUUUAACUGUUCUCCACACCCAUACUGGCUUCCAAACUUUAUGGAUGUUUUCACGUGGUCUUUGCCUUUUGUUGGGGAAAAAGUCACAGAGAUGCUGGUUAACAUUCUCAACAUAUGCUCUGAUGAUGAAUUGAUUUCCGAUGAUGAAAUUGAAGAUCACUACAUUUCAAGCUAUCAGAAAGGAGGCACUACAGUUCGAAAGGAGAUCAUCAAGAAUAAAAUCAGAGCCAUUGGGAAGAUGGCACGGGUCUUUUCAAUUCUUCGGGAAGAGAGUGAGAGUGUGCUGACUCUCAAGGGCCUGACUCCUACAGGUACGCUUCCUUUGGGUGUACUCUCAGGAGGAAAGCAGACUAUUGAGACAGCCACAGUAGAAGCGGUAGAGGCCCGGGAAGCCAUCAGAGGGUUCUCGCUUCAGCACAGGAUCCGGAGUUUUGAAGAAGCCCGAGGUCUGGACCGAAUUAAUGAGCGGAUGCCACCCCGCAAAGAUAGCCAGUACUUUGAUGGGCCGGUGAAAUUGGUCCAACCAAACGCUGCGCACAGGAGUGACAAGGGGAGAAGAGCCAGUAAUGACUCAGAGCCCUGCUGUGGCACAGGUGGAUCCAAGACUUAACAAUCAAUUUUAUUUAUUUAUUAUUGGAAAACAAAACAAAAACAACUGAAACAACUUAAACCUGGAGGUGCAUUCAUAAUACACUCUGCAUUUACUCUGUAAGAAAGGUGACCAUUUUAUAAAUUCUUUUAAUUUAUGUUUAAUAUAUACAUAAAAAGUGAAUGUGUUUUGUUUUUCCUUUUUUUUCCCCCCUAAUUUUUAGGAACUGAUCUGAUUGUCUGAUACAUAGUGAAGUCUUGUGCUAUAAAGGGAACCUUCCCCUAAUAAAAGGGCCUUGGAAACCUCUACCCUGGGUUUCUGACUUGAACUAGCCAGCCUUUUCUCUUGUUUUUGGAGGGUAAUAUCUUUCAUUUCAGACUAAUCAUUUUUCAAACACAAAAGGGUUUUUUCUUUUCUUUCUUUUGGUUUUUUUUUCCUUUCUACAGGGUACCAUUGAAGAAGAUCUCUUAGAUUUCAGUGGCUAAAACUUCUCUUCUUAUGGAAAACUUGAUUAUAGUAGAACUCCUAAGUGAAUAACCCAAACCCAGUGAUUUUAAGGGCCAAGGGAAAUGUUUUCCAUAAUAACCUACUUUCUUCUGGAUUCUCAAUUACUCAAUGUAUUCUAGUACAGCGAAAUAAAAAAUAAUGAGGGA